UAUGAAGCCUAGAAAGGGAGAGGGCACAUGAUAGGUCUGAGCGACAGCUCCGGCACGCCUACAGGCUGACCAUGUACACACAAACACACACGUGGCUGACAAAGCGUCUGUGAUGAGGUGUGCCGCCGCAGCGCUGGCUGAGCCGGGCCGGCUGUCAUGUGAUCAGGAAGAAAGUCACCUGACUCCUUCAUUUCGGUAACUGGAAAUGCAAAACAAAGCUUAAUAACAAGUGCGGGGACAGAGCCCUCUUGCUGCUGAUUUCUUACAUAAGGGAAAAGGAUAUCAAAACAUUUAAGCCAUGGAAGACUGGAUGAUUCCUAGUAACCACAGUGUCAAUAAUAACAGUUCUAAUCUAGCGCUGGGCUUCACAUCUUCUGUUGUAUCGGUUAUCUUGUUUGGCUCCAACUUUGUCCCAGUGAAGAAGUUAGACACUGGAGAUGGCAUGUUCUUCCAAUGGAUUCUGUGUGCCUCAAUAUGGAUCGUCUCUUUAGUAGUCAAUCUCAUUCUCCGCUGUCCAAAAUUCUGGCCUCUUGCAAUGGUCGGAGGUUGUGUCUGGGCUACAGGUAAUAUUACAGUUGUUCCAAUAGUAAAGACAGUUGGCCUUGGACUAGGUCUUCUACUUUGGGCUUCUACCAACCUAUUAACUGGCUGGGCAAGUUCAAGGUUUGGGAUGUUUGGAAUUGACCCAGAAGUGGUGGAAAGGCCAUAUUUAAACUAUGCAGGAGCAGGUCUCUCAGCUCUGAGUGCCAUUAUUUUUCUAUUUGUGAAAACCGAAGUAAAAAGUGUCACAUCGGAGUCAGAAACAACCCCACUUCUAAGGAAUAGUAUUAACUCCCAGGAACACGCUGUUACAGAUGCAUCAUGGGUAGACAAAUUAUCACCUUUACAAAGGCGGAUAAUAGGCUCCGUGAUGGCUAUUGUAGCAGGAGUUCUUUACGGUUCCUGCUUUAUUCCAGUUCUCUACAUCAAAGACCACAGUAAGAACAAUGAAAGCAUAUAUGCCGGAGCCAGUCAGUUUGAUCUGGAUUAUGUGUUUGCACACUACAGUGGCAUUUUUAUCACUAGCACCGUAUACUUCCUCAUUUACUGUGCAGCAAUGAGAAAUCGCCCUAAAGUUUAUCCAGAAGCCAUACUGCCUGGUUUUAUCUCUGGAUUUCUCUGGGCAAUUGCCAAUUGCUGCUGGUUUCUAGCGAAUAACUACCUCAGUGCUGUGGUCAGCUUCCCAAUUAUCACUGCGGGUCCUGGAUUGGUUGCUGCUAUGUGGGGAGUUUUAGUUUUUAAAGAAAUAAGGGGCCUGAGGAACUACCUGCUUCUUGUGCUGGCGUUUUGUAUUGUACUCUCAGGUUCUCUCCUGACAGCUUUUUCUAAAACAUGAGGAACAAUAUUAUGAAAUUUCCACCAGGAGGUGCUAGUGAUUUACUGCUGUUACCUAAGCAUUGUCUUAUGCUGACAAAUGCAAACGGAUGUGGGACAUACUGCUUUUCUUCUUUAUUGGAAGAAAUGGAAGCCAGUGUUUAUUUGUGUUAUGUUUUUAUUUUGAAAUAUUAUUAUUGCAUUUUGAUGUUGCUCCUAUGCAACAUCAAACACUCUAUGAGAACACUCUCUUGUUAUAAUUUGUUAAGGUGCAUACACACUGGGCGGUUUUGCCCAGCGAUGAUCGCGAACAUCGGUGGCAGGAAAAUAGCUCAGUGCAUACACAGAAUACGGGCCAGUUUGUAUAGGCCUUUACUGUUUUUUUUUUUUUUUUUUUUUUUUUUAAAUAAUUAAGUGUACAUACAGAUGUGUUCUUAUACAUCAAAGAACUCUUUGCAGCGCACCAGGUUCCUUGUGCCAAGUGUCUUUUUCAUCUGAACUUGCAUCUAAUGCUAGCUACACACCUGAACGACAGAUUGGCCUUUCAGCCAGUCCGCUGACCUGACGAUUGCUAAGGGCAUACACACUUACCGCCCGAUGUGUCGUACCGGACAUAACAACUGAGUGGGCAUUUAAGUGUGCCCGUCCAGUUGAGAUGUCAGCCAUUGGUAGUCCCUGCAGCAAGUGUAACUGCCUAUACACACAGCCAGAUGGCCCAAUAUAUCUGCACAUAAAUCGUUCUUCAGCUGUGCUGCACAGCUGACGUGAUAUGUCUGUGAACAGUGUCAUUCAUAAACAUAUCAGGGGUACACAACCGCCGACGGAUUUACGAUAUAUCGCCCAUUUGCUUGAACUGCUGAUAUAUCGGUAAAUGCGUAUCUUGCUUUAGUCGCAAUAUGAAGCAAGAAAACUGAUUACUUUGCUAUGCGACACUUGUAUAUCUGUGUGCGAAUAAGUCUUAGUCUGAUGCAAAGUCUGGCAAAAAAGAUGCUGCACUACUUAGUGCAGUGCACUUGCACCUGGCAUCUUGCUACGCAUGGCGCAUUUUGUAUAUGCGGACACAUCUCUAUAUCUAGAUUUUGUUUCUAGCAGAAAUUUUGUUGUAUCCCUUUUUAAAACCCUGUAAUUUGUAAUAUUUCUACAGUCCUAAUUCCAUCUUUACACUUCCUUUUAAAAGGCAACAUAUACUGUAUAAAAUAGGUGCAAAAUGGAAAUUGGACAUGUCGACACUGUGUGUGGAAUAUUAGUGUCAUUUAUGGCUAUUCCUUGGAGAGCUACUGUAAGAGGUUGUAUUUUGUACCAACCCAUCUGCCACCCCCUAGUAAUAAUAUUAUUGUUUUGAAAAUUUCUGAAGUAUCUGGUUUCUCUACAUAGAAUUGAUGAUGACUCCUUGUAAAAAUGUAAAAAAAAAUAAUCAAUUUUGGCAAUUUCUGAUUAGAGAGGACUACAAUUUACCAGUCGGCACUCACCCCACACUACACUUUUUUAACUGGAUAGCCACUUGGAUAUUGUCAGCGCUGAGCUGUUUUAAUAACAUUUAACAUUGCUUAUAAAUGAAUAUGUUUUAAUUUUAA